CUUGGAUUGAAUCCAGGGCCUCCUGCAUGCUAGGCAAGCAUUCUACCUCAAGCCCUCUUUAUCCGUCUUUAUAGUUUCUACCUCAACACGUAUUUUAUCUGAUAUAAAUAUAGCUACUCCUGCUCCAUUUGGUUUUCUUUUUCAUGGAAUACCUUUUCCCACCCUUUCAUUUGCAGUCUAUGUGUAUUUUACUGGUGAAGGGAAUUUCUUUGUGGUAAGAUAUUAUUGGGUCCUUUUUCUUAAAUCCAUUCAGUCUUAAUAUUUUUGUUGGGAUUUAAAUUCAUUUGUAGUCACAGUUAUUAUAUAUAAAUAAGGACAUGCUUUUGUCUUUUGUUGAUUCCAGUAGUUGUUUUGUAUAUUCUUUGUUCCUUUCUUCCUGUGUUAUUGUUUAUCUUUGGGAUUUGGUAGUAUUCUGUAUUGGUAAGAUUUGAUUCUUUUCUCUUUCUAUUUUAUAUAUCUGCUAUAUUAGUGAGUUUUAUAUUUCCAUAUGUUUUUAUGAUGGCAGUUAUUGUUCUUGUAAUUCUAGUGUAGGAUUCCUUAAAUAUAUGUGUAAGGUUCAUUCUAUGGGUGAUGAAUUCCUUCAGCUUUUGCUUGUCUUGGAAAGAUUUAAUUUUUCCUUCAUUUCUGAAGAAUAGUUUGCUGGGUAAAAUAUCUUAGGUUGGCAGGUUUUUAUUUUAUUUUAUUUUUUGGGGGGAAUUUGAACACAUCAUGUCCUUCUCUCCUGAACUGUAAGGUUUAUACUGAGAGAUCUGUCUAAUGGAAAUUCUUUUCUAUGUGAAUUCUUUGUCUUGUACUUUUGACAGUCUGGCUAGAUAUACCUCAAAAGUCCUUUUUAGGACAAAAUUACUUGGAAUCUUUGAGCUUCCUACACCUGAAUGUUUGUAUCCUUCCUAGUGUUUGGAAAGUUUACAGUCAUUAUUUUGUUUUGAAUAGCUUUUCUAUGCUGUUCCCCUCUCUUCUUCUGAAAACACCAAUAAUACAACUAUUUGUUUACUUAGUUGCAUCCCAUGAAUCUUGUUGGCUUUUUUCAUACUUUUUAGUGUUUUCUUGUUGUUCUUUUCUGUGAGUAAUUUUGGAAAAAUAGUAUGUCAUUAGGUUCAGAGAUGAUUGCUCCUGUCUGAAUUAGUCUUGAGGUUCUCAAUUGCAUUUUUUAUUUCAUUUAUUGAGUUCUUCAGCUCCAAAAUAUGUUCUUUUAUGAUCUCUAUGUCUUUGCUGAAUUUUUCAUUCUGAUCACAAAUUGUUUUCCUAAUUUUGUUGACUUGUAUUCUCUUGAGUAUCAAUAACUUUCCUUAAAAUGGUUAUUUCAAGUUCUUUUGCAGAGUUUUUCAGGCAGUUCAUCAAUUUUUCUUUACUUUGGGUUCUGUUGCUAAAGAGUUACUAUGUUACUUUGGAGGUGUCAUGUCACUUUGCUUUUUCAUGCAUUUUGUGUCAUUACAUUGAUAUUUGCACAUCUGGCAGAUCCAUUUCCCCUGCCAAAUUUAUAGGUCAGCUUUCAUAGUGAAGAUUUCAUCCUGGAGCCUUGUCCCAGGGUGUUGUGUUGGGUAGGCUGUGUUGGCUGUGGUUCCAGGUGGAAUGAUGUAUUUUUGUAGCUGUUUCAGCUGUAAUCAUCAUUGGUGAUGUCUCUGCAUGUCUCAGUAGCCAAGGCUGCUGAGGUUUGUGAGAUUGGGCAAACAAUGGGGGUGUAGCUCUGUCGGGUAGGGCUAAUUUACCAGUGGCUCUGGAUUUGUCCUGUGACAAGUCACCUGUGACCUUCAGGGUACCCGUUAGUUUCCUUGAGUGGGGGGUGAAAACCCUUUAGUUUCGUUGAGUGGGUCCAGCCAGCAUGGCACAUUGUGCCAGGUAGUGGAGGCCAGGUUCCUGUCAGUGUCUGAGAGCCACAUGGGGACCAGAUUGUACCAGUGGGUCUAACCGUGACAGCCAUCAGUGUUGGAGACUUGUGCAAGUGUCUUCUCAGGGUCCUAAGAGUCAAAUCUAAAAGUACACUCCCCAGGUAUAACCUGGGUCUAAGGGUGUGUGUGUACAGGAUCACUUAGCUGCCUUCUGGAGGCCUUGGCAGGACAAACUGCUCAGGGUGGGUUGCACAGCUACCUCCUGGAUGCCCUGUAGAUAAGCCACUCAGGAAAGACUGCCUGGCCUCUUCCCAGGACACAGGAGGGUAAGGAUAGCUAUAUGGAUAGUUCAGAGGACCCUGUAGCUUGAGCUUUUGGGGGCACUCUUCCAGCUGCUUCAUAGGCCUCUGAAUGGUCAGGAUCUCAAGAUGACCCUGUCCAGCAGGAGCCCAGGUUGGGAAGGGCACAGCAUGGGUUAAGCUCUUUUUCUGGGGCAUACAGCAGUGCAGAUUUCCCAGCAACUCCCUAAGGUGGGCUUAGGGGUGAUCUGUGAGUUCUGCAGACUUCCUGAGCAGCAAAUACUUCAGUUGUCUGUGGUGUUAGCAAGUACUGCUAAGGUCCUUCUGCUUAUCCUUUCUCCACUGUGUGAAGUCCGGUUUGGUUUAGUUGAUCUUCACUGGAGAGACAGAACAGUAGAUGCUGUGUUCUUAGUUCCCAUUUUUAUAAGGUCAUCAGGAGUCUCUGUGCUUCAAACAUCUCCGUUCCAUCCCCUACAGUCUUGUGUUCUGUCUCAAACACUGCAGUAGGGGUGAAGCUUUUUCUUUGUUUUGGUUCUUUUUGUUGGGGGAAAGCAUACCAGACAUUUCUUGUCAGACAUCUUGCUGAUGGUCUACUUCUUUUCUUUUGCUAACAUAGGCUAUGUGACAAGAGAAUCUAUCCUUUCCAACCCAUUAAUGGAAAAAAACAAGACACUGAUAGUGGAGAACGCUAUCCCAUAUAAUGCUAUCCCAUAUAACCUUUAGCAAGUUAAAGUUUAAUUCUAUUGUGUUUUAGUCUGGUUGUAGAGAGACAACAGGGAGACAAAUGUGAUGGCUGUAUUAUACAUAUUAGAUGGUAAAUAAAUUUUAAUAGAGAAGACCUCUUUCUAUUAGGAGGGAUUAAAUGUGAGCAUAAUUGCAAAUUAAAAUUUCAUCUGAGAAUAUCUGUCUCUGAGAUAUUAAAUCAGACAAAAAUAUGAGAUAUUUCUUCCCCAGUAUAGAUCUAUUUUAAACCAUAGUGUGUGUGUAUGUGUGUCACAAAAUAGGUGUAAUUAUCUUAUCAGUGCAAUUAUACUUUACUCUGCCAUUCCUUCCAAACAUGAUUGAAGUUGCUCCCUUUAAAGAAUUGACACAGAAUGGCUUGGACACUUUUAAACCACAUAUAACCAAAGGAUUCCAUAUUUACCCAAGAAGGUUUUGGAAUGCUUAAAUUGGAUUAAUCAUAUCAAUCAGUUUUGGGGUUGCUUGUGUGUGUAUUUGUGUGUGAGUAAUCAGUUUGUGAGAAAAAUCAGCCUCAUUGAAUUAGCCACUGCUCCACCAGGAUAACUAAAACAGUUCUUUUCCAGCUUAACCAUUUGUGUGUGCAGAUUUGACCCUGAAUGGUGCUGAGUAUUUCUGAAAGUUAAUUUCACUUGUAGGAAAUUUCUGCCAUCGAUACCAGAGAAAUGUGUUGUGGUGGCUAAAUAUAGUUCUAUAAAAGAAGUAUCAGAACCUCUGUGCAACAGACACAUAGUAUUCCAAGGAUGAAUCUCCUCAAGAGGAAUUGUAUGUGAUACACAUACUAAUUCUUUAAAACAUGCAGUAAAAUUUACACACAGUCAAACACACAGAUCCUAAGUGUACAGUUCUGUAGGUUUGGAAAGUUGCAUGUAUCUGUGUAACAUACAGCCUGUCAAAUGUAGACCAUCUCAUCUCAUGGGGCUAGAGAGGCUGGGCUUCAAAAAUUUUGACUGAAGCCACACCCCCAGUGGACCCAAAGACCUCCCACUAGGCUCCACCUUUAACAUUUUUUAUUGUUACAUUAUAUUUGUACAUAUUGAUGGGAUUUGUUGUUAUAUAUUCAUACAUUCACAGAAUAUAACAACAUAAUUUGGCCAGUAUCACUUCCCCAGCAUUUCCCCCCCUCCCUCCCUACUUUUGGUCCCUUUUCUCUGCUGAGUUUGAGAAGAUCCACCCCCACCUUUCUUUUCCUUUUUCCUAUCUGCCUUCUGCAUAUGAGACAAAACAUUCAACCUUGAUCUUCUGAUUUUGACCUAUUUCACUUAACAUAAUGAACACUAGUUCUGUCCAUUUUUCUGAAAAUGCUACAAUUUCAUUUCUUUAAUGGUUGAAUUCCAUUGCAUAUAAGUACAUUUUUUUUAAAUUCAUCCAUUUAUGGACACCUAGACUGGUUCCAUAGUUUGGCUAUUGUUAAUUGUGAAGGUGUAAACAUGGGCAUUCAUGUAUCACUGUAGUAUGAUGACUUUAAUUCUUCCGGAUAAAUACUGAGGAGUAGUUUUGCUGGGUCAGAUGGUGGUUCCAUGCCUAGUCUUUUGAGAAACUACAGACCAAAUUCCAUAGUUAUUGUACUAAUUUUCCAUCCCACCAAUGAUGUAAAAGCAUUCCUUUUUCAUCACAUCCUCUCCAGAAUUUAUUAUUAUUUGUAUUCUUGAUGACUGCCAUUCUGACUGGUGUGAGAUGAAAUCUCAGUAUUGUUUUGAUUUGCAUUUCCUUAAUUGCUAAUAAUGUUGAACAUAUUCUCAUCUAUUAUUUGGCUAAGGCUUCGUUUAAAGGAUUUUUCUCCUCCAUGUAGACCAAUUACAACUAUACUAUAUCCUAUCACUGAAGGUAUUUCUUGAUAAAAAUAUUCUCAUCAUAAUGACAGCUGACAGUGCCCAUAUUUUGGGAUAAAAAUUGUAUCAGGGUCUUAGCAUUGUUAAUAUACAUCUAAAAUUUAUUAAUUUUAUGAGAUCUCUAAUUCUUUGGCGCCCUACUGUGUGACAGACAUAGUAGUAUAUGAAUUUUUUCACGGUUUUCAAAUGAUACGAAAAGCUGUCAAAGAAAGGAGGCAUUAGUUACUGGUCCAAAUCUAUACACUUACUUAUAAUGAAUGAUUCUAAUAUUAGUCAGUCGCUUAUUUAAAGGCUGAUGAAAAAUGGAAAAAAAUGUGAAGUUGUAAAAUCUGUUAGAAUGAUACAGGUACUGAGAAAAGCGAAUUCCAAUGCUGCAUUUUUCAAAACCAGUUUGUCCUGGAGGCUUUCUUUCCUGCUUGUUGUUGAAAAAUGGACUCCAUGGGGUUGAAGCAUCAUGGAGAUUUUAAUUAAGUUUUAAUUAAAUGUUUUCCAUGGUUUUGCAUAAUAAGGAGAUAAUAUCAAAUCUAAUUCCUGCAAAAUCUAACAUGCAUCUGGGUAAUCAACACAUGAGGAAUCUCUAAGCAUCCACAUAAUUUAGUACUAUUUCUAUUAACUGUAUUUUAAAAGGACAAUCUUCACAAUGUCUCCAAAUAUGUUGAUUAAAUUGGCAAACUUAGUAGAACACAAUAGGAGAGAAUUUUAUUUUGAUUUACCUUUUAUUUUACAUUUCAUGGUUCUCUACACUGACAAUUUAAUAAUUUUAUCUCUCUGAAAUUUGUGUGAUUUUUGCAUUUGGUAACAAACAUUUCUUGCAUAAACACUCUUUCAGAUUUUUUUGAUGUCUAAGGAGAUCAGAUACAAAAUGUUGUAUCACUUUAAACUGUAUGAACAUGGCAGAGGUUGCCUAAGUUCUUUGUUUUUUAUAAUUGGAUAUUAUAAUAUACCAAGUCCAUAAAGUUGUGGCUAGGCUGACAGGAGAUGGUAUUGUAGAGUAACACGUUAUCACACAUUAGCUGGAAACCCAUACAUUAAAUUUACAAAGAUCAACUGGCAGGAUUAAACAUUUAAAUACAUAUCAUAGUUGUGUCAUUCUUCCAUUUUUCAUAGAUUGCAAGCCUCAAGCAGGUGAAGUGCUCCAGGCCUCUCUUGACCAUUGAGAGACUCUAGUUUAAAAAUCUGUAGAAUGGAACAAGUCCAGUUGACCAAACAUAUAUUGAGUUUUCACUGUUUACCAAGAACUGUAGUAAGUACUGGGAAUAUGAAAAGGAAUAAUGCAAGAUUCCUCAUUUCCUUUUCCCUAUUCAGCUUUUCUCUUUAUUCCUUUUAACUUUUCAUUCAGCAUGUAUUUAUAACCCUAAUUUCAAGGCCUGUGUUUUCACUAUAAAUGAAUAGAUUAGACUAGAUGCUUUCUAAAAUCUCUUCCAAUUCUGCAAAAUUCUCUGCCUUCAAAAUCGAUUCUUUAAAUACUAACAUGAAUGUGUACAAAUAAUGAAACAGGUUUUUCUGAGAAAUACAGGAAGUUAGAAAUUACAUUACAUACAAGUUCAAAAAACUGGGCUUUGGAGUCAGGCAGGCCUCUAGCUACAAAUUUUGGUAACACUUGCGUAAGCUAACAAAUCUGGAUAAAUCCAAGAAAUGAGAUAAAAAUACUACUUUACAUCUUAAACUGUUAUGACUGAAUGAGAUAAUGCAUAUAAGGCAUUUAAAUGGAUGUUUCAAAAUAUAAUGAGCUCAAAAUAAAUAUUAGUCAUUAUUUAUGUACUAUAAAUAUAGAUAAUUUGCCUAUACUAAUUAUUCUCAUAUUAGGUAAAGUGCAUUUGUCUUUGUUUUAUAGGAGAAAUAAGAGAACUUGGUGAUAUUGAUAAAAUUAAUAUAUUUUCUGUCUAUCCUAGUUAUGUUCUUGUCAAGAACAACACUGAGAUUCUUUUUUUUUUUUUUUUUUUUUCUCUCUUCUGGGGAUUGAACCCAGGGGCACUCUACCACUGAGCUACAGCCCCAGCUCCUCCCACUACCUUGCUUAAAAAAAAAAAAAAAAUUAAACAGGGUCUUGCUAUGUUGCCCAGGCUAUACUUGAACUUGUAAUACUCCUGCAUCAGCCUCCCAAGUCACUGGGACUACAGAUGUGUGCCACUGUCCCUGGUAACACUCUGAGAUUCUCUGCUGGCAGAGGACCACAGCACAGUGGAACCAUUUUACCUCUUGUAUCCUCAUUACUCAGCACAAUACUGAACACAAUGCUACAUGUUUGCUGAAAGGUUAGAGAAAUGGUCGAGUGACCCAAUGAAGGAAAAGGAUUCUACAAAAUCAUCUGUCCUUACUGAAUAGACAACAUCUUGCUUAAGCCAACAUUAGUAAAUGGUUGAAAAGAGGCCAGAAUCCAGAUUGCCUACAUGUUGGUGUUUUCUCAUAAUUUUCUCAUCCUGUUUCCUGCAAUGACACAAAUACAUGGGGACAUGUUGCAUUAUAGUGACUUUACAAAAUGUGAAACAAUUAUUAUUUUUUUUACUUGUUCACAGCAAGAAUCCCAAGUACUGGAACCGUUACCAUUAGUUUUCCUAUUUUAUAUUCAGAACAUGUGGGACUAGGAGAAAACAGAUGACCUGGGAUUGCAAAUCAAUUUUUAGCAAAUCCAGUAAAUGUGAGUGUUCACAAGGAAAGUUACAGUGUUACUCCAUCUACUCAGAGACGAGAUGGUCUUAUGACCCUGAAAUGAACCUUCCAACUGUGCCUUGGGACUCUUUUACACUGUGUUGACCUGUUGUGAUUACAGAACCCCAUUAAGAAGAUUCCCUCUGAGAUUUUGAGAUAAAAACUCUGAGUGUGUAUGAUUAAAAGUUAUAUAGCAAGGGGCCCAAGUCAUGCUUUCCUUUCUAUAUCUUCGAUUUUAAUAAUUUUGAGUUUGGGCCAGAAUGGUGUUAGCACUUAGAACAGUGUCUAGGGUAUGAAAGAGAAUUUCUGAGAGAGAUGAAGAUUGAGAAUUGUGAAUUAAAAUCAGCACUAGAGGGAUUAAUUCAGGAGCUAGGUAUGAAAGAUAUCUGUGUGAUAUCUAGCACCAGUACUAUUGAUAAUGCACCAGUACUUAUGGGUCUAGAGUUUUAAAUAUAUCUUAAUGAAUUAAAAAAUGGAAAUAGGCAUCUUUCUGGAGUCCCUGAACCCAUAUUUUAUGUCUUGAGCCAUAUAGAAAUUAGAAUUAUAAUAGGGAACUAAAAAAAUGCUAGUAGGAAAAUCAAUUGAAAUAAUCCAGAUGCUUCUAUCAUUUUAAAGGUCAAAUCUGGUUGGCUCAUAAAACCCAGAGUAGUGUGAAAGGAGAUGUUUAAUAAAUCUUGGAAUUUGGUAGUAGAAGAAAAGUGGUGAAUUUACAGACCUUAAGCAUGGUUGCUUAGAUUGUCACAUUAUGCCAUCGAAGAGUGGAAAAGAUUUCUUCCAGCUGUAAAAUUGUGGGUUAAAAGAAAUAUCACACUUUUAACUUUUUUUUUCUUAUUUAAAUGAAUAUCCAUAUGCUCUGAAUGCUACCAGAUUUCUCAGGCUUUAGAAACUGAGGGCUUUUUAUUCAUAGGACAGGCUUUGUAGGAGCUACUAUAGUGCAAAUUCAUCCCCACAACUGCUAACAUACAUACACUUCUCUUUGGAAAUAUCAGCUCUUGGGUAGCGGGAAUAAUUUCAUCGUGGCCUUCAUAGCUUUUGGCUUUUGUCUGAAAGAUCCAUAAAGUGCAGAGGUUAUGAUGUAUUGCUUCAGUGACACGAACACUUGUCCCUUAGGAUUGACAUUUCAGGAACUUCUUCAUGUGUUACAAAGCCACAUGCAGAGAGUGUUUGAAAGUCACUGGAUAGCUGACUUCACCCACAGGGAAAGUGACAGGGACCUGGAAUAAAGCCUUUUCAGUUGAAACCUUUAGGUAUAAUUAGAUUAUUCUAGCAGGUAGUGGAUUCAUGUCAAUCGAGCCAUCUCCAGAGAAUGCAGGGAGCUACCAGCAUCACACGACAGCUUUCACUGGCUGGUUGCCACUGAACUCAGAGUUAACUUCAGGGACCUUUUGAACUGCCUUCGGGGUGUGGGCAUAAGAAUGCAGCAGGCUCAAGAGACAUUUUAAAGAUUCUUUCUCCUCUGAGUUGACUCUCGGGAUUCAGAGAGAACUUGGGAUGGUGGAAGUAAUUCUAGGAUCCUCUGAAAUGUGAACUCUGGGAUAAUAUAUAGUGAGCUCUUCUGGUAUUGCCACAUUAGUGAGCUCAGACUGAUAAUGGUAAAUGCAAAAUGUUUAUAAAAUGCUGGUCUGACAUGUAGUGAAAUACACUGACAUAAUAAGAUAUUCAUGUUCAAACUAGGCUGCUAUGAUGUUAUAGUGAAUUGGGUUUACAUGAUCUACUUUAGCAUUGUUAUCAUGGCAGGUAUGGUUUUAAAGGGACAGUUUGGAUCACACAAUUAGUAGUUCUGCUGUGCAAAAAUAUUUAGAAGGAUUUUGUGACAAACAUGCUACUUGUACCCACCAUUUCCUUUCUUUCUUGUUUAGCCCAAGACAAUGUCAGUCCUGUGUGGCAUUGACUUUCCCUGCUUUCCCAGCCAUGUGAUCCCAUCUUACCAGUGAGAUCUAAGAGCAAGCAGAGCAAGGUAGCUCUUGAAAAAGCCUUUACUUUCUUCAUAAAAGGGAGCACCCACCCUUGGCUUAUCCGCCCUUGGUAUUUUAGCUUUCAUUUUUUUUUUGCUUGUUGCCUCAUUUAGAAGUUGGACUAGUGUAGAAUUACCUUAUACUUCUGGUUGUGGAAAAUAAACUCAGUUAUUUAAGGCAUUUCUGAAUCAUGGUUGCAAGGUGGCUGUUACACCUCUAAGUAUUACAUCCUUUCUUCAGCUAAGAAUAAAGCUCGACAUGACUACCUUCGUUUUAUUUUUGUUUUAGACUCUCAUUUGUUUUCAUUUUUGUUGAUUUUGUUUUUGAGAUCAGGUCUUGCCAUAUUGUCCAGGUUUGCCUUAAUGCCUGGACUCAAGUGAUCUUCUUGCCUCAGCCUCCAGAAUAGGAGGCUGCAUCAGGAGGCCACCACUGUGUCCAGCCCUGACUCACUCUCAGAUCUUAUUGGUCACAGGUUUAUAUGCCUAAAAAGGCAGGGCAUAAACAAAGAAAUACCCAGAUCCCAGGUGUCUCUAUUUAGUAGCUGACUAAUAGUUAAAAUGUCUACAUCUGAGCAUUGGUUAUAUUUGUUAAAGUACUAUUUUAUGUUAUUUGCAGCUAAAUAUACUGCAGAUAGCUCAGUUGUAGAGAGCUUGCCUACAAUGAGUGUAGUAAUGGAUAUAUAUUUUGAGGAGGGAGAACACUGAAGGAUGAUAUAGAGAAUAGAUUGUUUGAAGUAGAUAACUAUUUUCUAGCCUAGUGGAGAGGAGGUCAUUAAAUCCAUAAAAGAAUUUUUUUUUUUAAUGAGAGUCUAUUCUAACAUCAUUUUAUGUUUUAUUAAUAAAAAUCAUAGCUAAAAUAUUUUCCUGCCUUUUUCCCCCUAAAAACAGAUUCUUAAUCAAGAUUUAGGAAAAAACUCUUAACUAUGGAACUAACUCAAAUAUAGGCAAAUUAUAUUUAUAUAGAGAGGGUGUGUAAUCCAAAAUGUUCAUUUUGAAAUGUGUAUGUUUCUAUGUAUCAAUCAGGAAAUGCUUUAUAGCACAUUUACUUGCUAUAAACUGACCAGAAGGGCCUGAAGACUGUAGUUGUAUGGUUAAUUUAUUCAUGAAUUAUUAAUAAUUAAUUCUAUAUAACUCAAUAGGUAGUAGCCAGUAUUCUAAAAAUUAUUUCCUUCUGUUUAGAUUAGGUAUACCUAAAAUGUGUUCACUAGUUUUUGAUAUUCAACUUUAAGCAUCUAUAUUGUUGUUUAAAAGCAUCUAUAUUUGUAGUAAGAUCUGUCCUUAAGACUAAUGAAUUUGAAAUACUUCAGUAAAACAAAGAAGAACUGAUUUAGAAAUGACGAAUUUCCUAUCCAAUAAGCCCCUGUCCUAAGUCUAAAAAAAAUCCAGUCUGGUGUGUCAAAAUGCUUUUUCACAUUCCAGUGCCUACUGGUGACUAUUUCAUUACUGCAGCGGAGCCCGAUGUGGGUGAGAUGUUACAGACACCAACAGUGAGGAGAUCUGGUUCUUUCAAGUCUGUGAUUUUGGCUGAGGCUACACAGUUUCCCAGUGGUGUCUGUUAUAAAGCAACAUGCAGGACUUGGCAGCAAGUUAGAGAUAACAAGACUUCCAUCCCAAAGACCGUCCAAGCUGCAUGCUAAAUUUUGCCCAUCUGUCACCAGUCUCCUCUGUCCCAUGUGGGAGUCAAAUUUGGAAACGGGUGACAUUGGAGGUACUUGUUAUGCCUGGCAGAACAAAACCCAAAGGUCUUAUUGUUCAUGACAGUUCAGAUGUACUUGAACAGUAAUUACUGUUCAUAUGGAUCUCCUUGUGGUGUUCUCCUGUUUCAUGAGCUUCCGUCUUCUCUUAGAUGGUCUCCGUGUGCAGGAUACUGAAUAUGAAAAGCAGUAAGAGGCGGUGCCAGAAAUUAUUUUUUAAAAACUACUUUAUAUGAAAGUCAACGAGUGCCACUAUAUACCUGAUGUUUUUGGACUGUAUUUGUAGCUUAUUAAUCAAGCAGGUCCUCUCUUCCAUCUUCUAUUCCUGUGGACCUGUACUGUAACUUUUCUAUGCUUAUCUUGCUGGAACGCAUCUAGUUUCUGAAGAAUGGGCGGAGCCUUGUGAACAAGGUGUGUCUGAUUAUGAGCAGAGAUAUAAAUGAAUGUACUAUUGACAAUGGUGGCUGUCAGGACCAGUGCUGUAAUACAAUUGGCAGUUAUUAUUGCAAAUGUCAAGCUGGCCAGCAGCUGGAAGAAGAUGGCAGAGGAUGUGAAGAUGUCGAUGAAUGUGCGGUGGUGAAUGGAGGCUGCCAGCAGCGCUGUAUUAACACUCUGGGCACCUUCCACUGUGAAUGUGAUACGGGAUACAGACUCCAUGCUGAUGCACGCACCUGCAUAAAGAUGGACCCCUGCAUAGGUGGGAAUGGAUGUGCUCACAUGUGUCAGAGUGAGAAUGGGGUGGCCAGGUGUGCCUGCCACCCAGGGUACCAGCUGUCUGAAGACAAAAAGGCCUGUGCAGAUAUAAAUGAGUGCACCGAAGGGCUUGCUCACUGUGGUCAUCGCUGUGUGAACUCAGUGGGGUCUUUCACUUGUGCCUGCGACCCUGGCUUUGAGCUGGGAGCUGAUGGACAUCAGUGUUACAGAAUUGAAUUGGAAAUUGUCAAUAGCUGUGAAAAGAACAAUGGUGGCUGUUCCCAUCACUGUGAACAUGCAAUUGGUGGGCCCCUUUGUUCCUGUAACCAUGGACACCAGCUUGAUUCGGAUGAGAAAACGUGCAUAGAUCUCGAUGAGUGUGAGAACGGAGAGGCCUGCUGUGCCCAGCUCUGCACCAACUAUUUAGGAGGCUACGAAUGCCAUUGUCAGGAAGGCUUUCAGAUCAGUCUGGACGGUUGUGGAUGUGAUGAUGUGGAUGAGUGUCUGGAUGUCAGCAUAGUCUGUGACCAACUAUGUAUCAAUUCUGUGGGAACCUACGACUGCACCUGUGCUGAAGGCUAUAGAAUUGGAAGUGACAGGAAAACUUGCAUCUCUUUAGAUGAUGACGAGCUGGAGGGUGAAGAAGAGGAAUUAGAAAUUGUGAGGUUUCCAGGACUUCAACUCCAGAGCCCACCUCAGCUGGGUCAUUAUGUUGCUACGGCCCUGGUUGCCUCUAAUGAAGAUGAGGAAGAUGAGGGAGAAGAGGAAGAGGAUUUCCAGGAAUUAACUGCUUUGCACAAAGUUGCUUGUGCCCCAGGGACAAAUGGGAAAGAGUGUGACAGCAUCUGCAAGUGUCAGAAUGGAGGCACCUGUGAUCUUCUGACUGGACAGUGCCAGUGCCCCCCAGGGGUUCAUGGGAAGACUUGUGAAGAUGGAUGCCCAAAAGGGUUCUUUGGGAAAAACUGCAGAAGAAAAUGUAACUGUGCCAACAACGGCCAUUGCCACAGGAUGUUUGGUUCCUGUAUGUGUGAGGCAGGGCGCUAUGGGAAAUUUUGUCAUCUGAACUGUCCCAAGGGGGCCUACGGAGCUGGCUGCUCUUUGGAAUGUCAGUGUGUGGAGGAGAACACCCUGGAAUGCAGUGCCAAAAAUGGUAGUUGCACCUGCAAAUCUGGUUACCAAGGCAACAGAUGCCAGAAAGCCUGCCCUGAUGGCCUCUGGGGACCAGAAUGCAGGUUCUCCUGUGGACCCUGUGAAAAUGGAGGUCAGUGUGACAAAGAAACUGGAAACUGUACCUGUGCUCCUGGUUACAUGGGAAAAUCCUGCACAAUGUUUUGUCCACCAGGCACAUACGGGAAGGACUGUAACCAGGUAUGUCAGUGUUCAGCUGAGAAUGAAGAGUGUCACCCAGUCACAGGGAGAUGUACCUGUCUGCCUGGCUACCAUGGAAACCACUGUCAUCUCCGGUGCCCAAAAGGCACUUAUGGCCCAUAUUGUCAAAUGACAUGCAAGUGCUUAAAUGGCGGCAGCUGUGAUACCAUGAUUGGCACCUGUAACUGCUCUCCUGGCUUCAUCGGAGCAGACUGCAGCCAAACUUGUCCUGAAGAUCACUAUGGUCAGGAUUGUGUCCAAAGGUGUUCCUGUGGUGCAGGACAGUGUGACCCAGUGACUGGAGGGUGCCAGUGUCCCCCUGGACAAAUGGGAGUCACGUGUCAGCAAGGAUGUCCCCAGACAAGAUAUGGCACAAAUUGUGAAUUAAACUGUAACUGUAAAAAUGGUGGACUUUGUAAUAUCGUGGACGGAAGCUGUACCUGUGGUCUUGGGUGGACAGGAAAUUAUUGUGAAAAAGAAUGUUCUCCUGGUUAUUAUGGCCCAAACUGCCAUUUUAAUUGCACAUGUCAGAACUAUGGAAUUUGCAACAGAUUUUCUGGAAGCUGUGAAUGCCUCCAAGGUUAUUAUGGACAAAGCUGUGAGCAUGCAUGCCCACCUGGUUUUUAUGGCUUGAAUUGUGCUCACAUCUGUGACUGCAAAAAUGGAGGCAGCUGUGAUAUAAGAAGUGGACAGUGCAUUUGUCCAGCAGGUUUUCAUGGCAGCCAGUGUGAAAAAGAGUGUCUGCUGGGAAUGUUUGGAGACAACUGCCAUCAACUUUGUGACUGUGAAGGAAAAAGUUACUGCCACCCAGUGACUGGGAAAUGCCUCUGCCCACCAGGGAGAACUGGAGCUCGAUGUGAAGCUGGUAUGAGCCAAAGCACCUCAGAACUCCCCUCGGAUUCAUGUUCACACAGAGAUCUUUAUGCUAGAAAUAACAUUCUAUUAAAGAACACUGUUGCUUUACACCUUGCCCUUAGCAAGAUGAAUCAAGGUUUGUAUUCUUACAUCACAGGCACCUACACUGGCAAUUUGGUUGACAGAGGGCAUAAGGUAAGUACCUACAUAGUCAACCUGAUAACAAAGGUGAUUCACAGAAUUCAACAGAAUAAAGUAAUUAUCAUACACAGUCCCAGAAAUAUUGUUGAGACUGAAGCUCCCAGAUAGUCUCUGCAAAUUGAAAUCUAUACUUUAUUUUCCUUUCCAAUCACAGGAAGAAUGACCCAGAAUGAAAAGCUCUAAUUCUUCAGGAACUAUCCUAAGAAGAGGACAGAGUAGACUGAGAUGAUUGCUGACUAAUCAUUUAUUAUUAGACUUGAUGAAUGCUCGCCAGAUCAAAAGGCUUUAAAUAAUUCACAAUAGUCCUGAAAGACAGAGCCUGCCUCAUAUAUGACCCAAAACAGUGUGUUUAAUGUCAGGAUUUACUUUCAUUCUCUUCAAAAAGAGAAAGGCUAAGACUAUGUAUUUCUAAGAUCAUUUCCUGCACUAAUAAUCUGUGAUCCUGUAACGUGGGGUUAUAAUAAUGGUAAGAAAGCCACAGUAACCUUCUAGCUCAUUAAAAAAAAAAAUGCUAUUCAGCAGCGCUUUCACCUCUGUACAUCCCACUUGCUUCUGAGCAAUAGCAAUACAGCUGCUUUCUUUGAAUGCCAGGGAUUAUCCUAAAUAUUUUGCCUCAGUUCAUUUUGUUCUCACCACAACCCUACAAGGUUGUCACUAGUCAGUCAUAUUCCUAUUUGUCAGAAGAAAAAGCUGGAGCACAGAAAGUUAGCAAGCGGCAGAACCAAGAUUUAAACCCAGACGGUCUGGUUCCAGACUUUGUGCAAGGCUAUCCGUAGACAAUACUGUAUGUGAAUGUGUGCAUAUACUCCAGAAUAAGAAACCACCAAUGGCUCUCAAGAAUGCUACAUUCCUUAUUAUCUCUUCUUCCGUUUUUCAUAGACUUGUCUAAUAUGAUCAGGAGGUUAUGAAUACUGAUUUGGAAUCCUUUGGCUUUUCCAACCUCUCUCUCUCUUUCUUUUCUCCCUCCCUCCCUUUCUUCCUCUUCUUUCUUUUCUUUUCUUUUUUUUCAAAACUGUGUCAUUUAAAUUUCUGAUCCAUGUGUACUAUAAGCUUUUUGAGAGUCCAGUCCAAAUUAUUUUUAAAUUUUUCUUUUACCAGAAAAGAAGCUUAGAGCACAGUUUAACACUUGAUAAGCUUCAGCAAAUGUUUGUGGAAAGGAUUCUUCUCUUCUCAGCAUUCUUCAGGAGUGAGAGUGGACAGAGGACUUGAACCUUGUCACAACUAAAUCUAUCAGAACAAAUAUCUGCAGUACAUACGUCAUUCAUUGAAUGGGCACUAAAAGCAGAAUGCUUAAAGCAUUUGUGGUCCCACCUGAACACUGAAGACAACCACAGAUGUUUAUUGAGUGCACAUUAUGUACCAUGCAUUUUAGUUUAUUUUCUGUGCCCUUCCUGUCAUCACCACUCUCGUGUUACAGAUGAGGAAGCUGAAAUAAAAAAAAAAUUUAAAAAAAAAAACAGCUAAGUACCUUGCCCACUGUUACACAGCUAGGAAGUGGCAGAUUAGGAAUGUGAAAUAGAUAGUCUGGGUUCAGAGCUGAACUUUUACCAUCCCCAUUAUAUCACCUCUCAGGGGACAGAAAGAAUAGGAAGUGAUUUUGCUUGUCCAAAUGCACUGUCCAAUAUGAUAGUCAUUAACCAUAUAUUGCUAAUCAAUUUAAAUUUAAAACUUAAAAUUCACCUCCUCCCUUACACAGGACAUACUUCAAGCACCCAAUGAACACAUGAAGCUAUUCACAACCAAUCUGGAUAGCACAGUAUAGGACAUGUCCAUCACUGCAGAAUGUUUUAUUGGAUAGCACCCAGCAGUGUUUUAAAACUAAUCACUAAACCAAGAGAGCUUAUGGACAGGAUGUAAGUUAAAGAAGCCUCUAUCUUCUAUAGUCUAAAUUCCUGUAUCACAUAUCUCUCACCAUCCAGAAGCAAAUUGCCACAUUACUGUGGAUCUCUGGGUACCCCAAGGUCCCUCUUGUCAUGAGCUCAUGAAGGUGCCUACAGCCUACACAGAUGCACUACCAUGUCUUUUAUUUGCAUUUUUAUUUUCAAUUAGGCACAGUUCAUCUGCUAUAUUAACUGUGAGCAGCUGUGUCUACGCAGUCGCCAUAAAGAUAAAAGACCUCAUUUUAACUUGAACUCUGGUAAAGGGCCUAUUAAACAGCCAUAAUAUUAAUUCAUAAAAGAAUGUAACAACUUUUUAUUGGAUUAUUCCCCCCCUUGGUAAAUUAACAUUUGCAGACAUUCAAACAGAUGUCUUAAAUACACACCGUUAUUAACAUGAAAAUGUGGUAUUUUUAUAAAUUAAAAUCAGAUUCUGUACUGCUCAGGAGAGAUCCUGACUAAUAACUCUCUUUCAAACAAGAAAACGUGGUCUUACCACCAAACUAAGUAAUCCUGCAGUACACUGGACCAAGGUGGGCAUGUGGGGCUAAAUUUGAAAUAACAUAUAACUUCUUAAUUUUUUUUUUCACAAAGCUCAGUGGUUUAGAGAAAAGAAUCAUUUAAAAGCAGCAUUUGCUCUGCCUCCAAAACUUCCUUCUGAAGGAAGAUAUUCAAUUGCUGUUUGCUAACAUUGAGCCCCGUUUAAAAAAACAAAAAGUUACAAAAUUGGUUUGUGUUUCUAUUUGCUUCAUAUUUAAAAUCUAAUUAAUCUAAUUAGUUGAUUAAGAUGAGAGAGGUAGACCACAACUUAGCCUACCUUCAAGAGAGUUGAAAAACUAAGCAUCCAACUGCUCAUGAAAUAUUUAUGAGGAACCAAUCUCUAAUCCAGAAAAGAGGAUAUUGAGGCAAUAAAGAUGUAUUCAACAACAUUUUGCUCAUGGGCUCAAAUUAAUGAUCCUACCUAUAUCCUCAUGUUUAUAAUGAUAUUUCUGAAAUUUUUACUUUUUCCAACCUGCUACUUUCUUGUUUUGAGCUUUCUUCUACAUAUGCCUUAUGUCUUCUUUGUAGUAGUGCAAGAAGAGGAAAGAACACUAGGUGAGAAUUCAGAAAUGCAGCCCUGCCAUUCAGCAAGGAUGUAACAAUUGAGAAGUUCACUUAUGCCAUAUCAAACCUCAGUUUAUUUCUCUCUAGAAUGGGAGAGCUUACCUCACUGCCAUGCCCACCUUAAAGGUAUUUGUUAAAAUCAAUUAAGAUAAUGUAUUAAGAAGAACCCCCUUUGCUAACUGGACAAAAGUAGGUGAUUGUCCUGAAAGCAAAGCGAAGUCUCUGUGGUCCUUAAACAUUGGUAAAUUGAAUGACUUCCCAGUCCUGCCUGACUGGCCAGGAAAUGUGAGGUUACUUUUUUCCUGUGGGCUGGGCUGGGCUUUCUUAUCCUCACAAUCCUUCAAAAAAUGAACCUUUUUUUUUUCUCUGCUAAUUCUUUCCUGGAUACCAGACUAAGAGCAAACACCCAGGCUGCUCCCUUUUAUUCCACAUUUAGUUAUUUAUAAAGCUAACACUUUUUAAUUCCUUCCCUUCAUUUUCCUACUGGUUGUAAGUAUAGUACGAUUCAACUUAGAGAUCGUUUGAAUCCCUCAGUGCCAGUGCAUAGAGCAGGAUUUUGCAGCAGCCGACACACAGGGGAUCUAUGGCCCUUUGACAUAUUUUAAGAGAUGAAAGAGUUGAAUUUAAAGCCAUUUCACUUUCAACAACUGAAGCACAAAUAAUCGUGUUUUUAACCUGAAGACAAAUCUCAGGUAUUGUGUAUUCAGGGUGCAUCUUGCCGUUUUUCUGACCUCCAGGCAACUAAUCCAUUUUCCCUGUGUCCCUCACAAUGCUACUUCUAUAAAUGUUACUGAAUAAUCUAAUUCUGAGAAAGCACUUUAAACAUAUCAGUGGCUGUCCUGACUUCUCCUCUUCCCAUUUUGUCACACACUUCCUUCUUACUCCCUACCCUCCUCCUGGUUGCUUUUGAAAUAGUUGCUUUCAUUAUAUAACAUUCUAGCAUGGGAAAAAGAUACCACAGGAUACAAAAAGGUUUUUUUUUGCAAGUCUAUCAUUAUCCUAUUAUAUUCCAAGAAGUAACAGUGAGAAGAAAACUGUGCUUGAGAAACAUAUUUGAAUUGCUGUCAUUUUUACUUAUUUUCCCUCACAGAAUGCAAGCCAGGCCAGUAUGGAUGGAACUGUGCUCUGGAGUGCCAAUGUGCUCAGGGAGCUACUUGCAACCCUCUCAAUGGGAACUGCACUUGCCCCUCAAGGAGGAUGGGUCCAACCU